UGAAUGACGUGCCAAACCUUGGUUAUCAAGAAACCGAAUCCGAAUAUUUUGCUCCGUAUCAUUUAUAUAUAUUUAAAAUAUUCAGUCAUUCCAUUCCAUCCCACCUUAAUUGGGCUCAAACGCCUGAUUAGUUGAGGGUUUUGACUGUUCAAAACAGCUCAAUUGUCCAUCAUCCCUAGCCGUCUUCCUCAGGUAUACUGCCGAUCACUCUGUAUAGAGCUUCUUGUUUUCUUUUGUUUGGGUUCUCGUCAAAAUUAAAAGAUUCCAUGUAAUAUGGAUUAGUUCAAUCAAUAUAUUAAUUGCAGGGGCUCCCGUCUGAAUCUUAAACCUAGCUUUAUGUAUGAAAAUGUGUUUUUCCCGCCGAUUUCUGUCUAUUGAUUGCAAACACAUUGUGAAACUUCUGCUCGAUCCUUCAACGUUUGGUUAUGCCGGUCAUAAAUGUAAAUGGGGUCUAGUGAUUUCCCUUUGUGUUGGUUUUGUUUUUCUAACUCUGAUCUUCUUGGAGCAAACAAAAAUCUUCCCUUUUUCGGUUGAUUGCAAUUUCGUUAGAAAUUCGAUUUGUUUCUGUUGUUCUCGACUUUUAACACAUUUUGUUGUAAUCCCCAAAAAUUUAGUGUUAUAGAUUCUGCCUUUAGAGUUUUUUUGGGAUUCAUAAUACAGAUAUUCGUAAGUUGUGCUGGUAAACAUGGCGUGCAUAAUAAUUGCCUUACCUCAUUAAAAUAUAUAUCUAUAAUAAUAAUAAUUACUUAAAGUGAAUACCUUUUAUAGAGUUUAUUGGGAUUCAUUGUAUGCAGAUUCUUCUAAUUUGCAGAUCCUAAUUGAUGUAUAGAUACUACGGAGUAUAUUUUUCUUUAAUAAAUCUCUAAUAAAUCAUCGUUUCCAUCAUUUGCAAUGGAGCCAAAGAUUCAUUAUUUUUUGGCUUGAGAUUAUGAUGGAAUAAAGCAAAAUGGCUCACUAAACUGUUUGCGCUUCUUUGUCAUGAAGCAGCAGUCAGUCCAUGCAAUUUUGGAUGGGAUUUUCACUAUGGGUCAUCCGGAAACAGUCUCUCUGUGCUUUAGUACAGGGGUAAGACUGCGUACAUCCGACCCCCCCUUACCCUACCGUAGGUGGGAGCCUUUGCGGCACUGGGGUAAAUGAAAAUGAAAAUGAGUUGUGUUUAAAUUGUCAUGCACAGAUGGAUCAGAUAACUAGUGAUAUGGUGGGAUGCGUGUUUGCUGAGAAGUAUUAUAAGCGUUUGCAUAUUAAUCCUGAAGCAAGUUAUGGAUUCUACAUCAAAUCGAGUUUGGCCACUUGGGAUUCCCAAAAAUGCAUUACAACCCUCGAAGGAAUACACAAGAUGAUCAUGUCAUCAGACUUCAAAGAUUGUUUUUUUGAAAUAGAGGAUAUCCGCACCCAAGAUUCUUUGGAGGGAACUAUUCUUGUUGUUGUUACCGGUGUCUCAAUUGGGAAAGAAAAGUUGAGAAGGAAAUUCAGUCAGACAUUCAUUCUGGCCAAAAAUGAAACCGCUUUUUUUGUUUUAAACGAUAUUCUUCAUUUCAUAAGUGAAGGAGAUGACAUAGUAUCCAAAUCUCAACCAGUACCCAAUAUAGAGCCAGCAACAAAAGAAGUGGACAACGUGAAUGAUGUGGCUGAUUUUGCUAUGGCUCCUGAAUCAACAAUAACGGAAGUCGAUGAACUUGAAAUGCAGCCUACGCCUGAACCAGUACUUCUUGAGGUUGUUCCACAGGUACAGAUGGAGGAGAAAGUAGUUUCUGAGGUUUCAUCGGAUGUAAACGAGGGCGUCCCUAAAGUUAUGGAGACAGUUUCAGAGAAGGUGGUAAAGGUGGAUGAGGUAAAAGUGGAUGCUGCUGCUUCUGAAGAUAACUCAACAGUGUCAGAGGAGGUAAAGGAUGCUGCUCCUAAAUCAUCCUAUUCAGAAAUGGUAUCAAAGAACAAAAUGGGCUCUACACCCACACCUGUUACCCAAUAUGUCAGAGUUUCUGCCUUGGAUGGCCUCACUGAAGAGGAGAAGACCAAAGUAGCAGCUUUGAGAAAUGGCUCAAUUAGGCCAAUGGCUGCCGCUUCUACGAAAAAGCCUGAAACUCCUCAAAGCAAUAAUAGCCCACCCAUUGAUAAAAACACUGGCCCAAAGGGCAUAUAUGUUGGGGGAUUACCGCCAGAUACUACUAAAGAUGAUCUUGCUGGUGUGGUCAAGGUUUUUGGUAGUGUGAAGAAGUUUGAUGGUGUUCAAGUCAUUCGAUCUGAUGGUGAUUACUGUUUCGGAUUUGUUCACUUCCAGUCUGCGGAUUCUGCAAAGAAGGCAGUUGAGACUAAAGUCAUCAUGGUGAAAGGCAAGGAUGCGUACAUCUCAUAUAAGAGAACCGGGAGAAGAGCCUCCUAUGGCAAUGACAAUCGCGGUAGGUCUCCAUUUGGCAUAGGUGGAUCCCACAGCACGACUCCAUCGAGCAGGGCCCCAUCAUGCAAUAGCCAGUUGAGUGGGUCCCAUAAUAGCGAGACUCGCCAUGUCAACCAGCACAGAAAUGGUGAAACUCGCCACGUCAAACAGCACAACAAUGGUGAAGCUUUCCAAGUCAAUCAGCACAGCAAUGGCGAAUCUGGCCAUGUCGACCAACACAGCAAUGGUGAAAUUACUAGUGCGGAUGGAGACGAGGAGGGAUGGAUCGUUGCGAAGAGACGCCAAAGAGGGCGCAACGAUGAUAAUGCGAACGAGAGAAGUAAUGGUCAAAGACUGCGAAAUGGAAAAACAUAUUAUCAGCAUGCCAUUGAGCCGGACCGCAGAAUGAGAAACGGCGAAAGGGGGGAACAAAGACGGCACAAUGGAGGGGUCCAUGAUCAGAAACGUAGCAGCAGUUGAAGUGAUGCAACAUGCUUAACAUCUGUUUUUCCCGUCAUGCUCCAAUUUUUGCGAUUUUUUCCUGUCCUCACUCCUAAUCCAUUGUCUAUUAGGAAUAAUUAUUUGUUACACUAUAUCCAUGGCUUUUAUAAAAUUUUGUAUUUGAGAUAUUACUUUUCUUAGUUCCACUUUCAACAACUCAUUAGUUUUAAUGAUAGCAAUUUUUUUACGGAUUGGGCAAAAUUGGUUUGAAUUUAUUUCUCAG